GGGAUCAGUAGCCUCUUCAGUUCCUUAAAAGUGGUGCGCCUUCUACGACUCGGUCGAGUUGCCAGGAAGUUGGACCAUUAUCUGGAAUAUGGUGCUGCUGUACUGGUACUGUUGGUGUGUGUAUUUGGACUGGUGGCCCACUGGCUAGCCUGCAUAUGGUACAGCAUUGGGGACUAUGAAGUUAUAGACGAAAUCACUAAUACAAUCAAAACAGAUAGCUGGCUCUACCAGUUGGCACUGAGUAUCGGGACACCGUAUCGAUACAACACCACUGGCUCAGGGCAAUGGGAAGGUGGACCCAGUAAAGACUCCUUGUACAUAUCCUCUCUCUACUUUACCAUGACAAGCCUUACAACAAUAGGAUUUGGAAACAUAGCACCAACCACUGACGGAGAGAAAAUUUUCUCGGUGGCCAUGAUGAUGGUUGGCUCUCUUCUUUAUGCAACUAUUUUUGGAAACGUCACCACCAUUUUCCAGCAAAUGUAUGCCAACACCAACCGAUACCAUGAGAUGCUGAACAAUGUGAGGGAUUUCCUAAAAUUAUAUCAAGUCCCAAAAGGCCUUAGUGAAAGAGUCAUGGAUUAUAUUGUCUCAACCUGGUCCAUGUCUAAAGGAAUUGACACAGAGAAGGUUCUCUCAAUUUGCCCAAAGGACAUGAGAGCAGAUAUUUGCGUGCACCUAAACCGGAAAGUUUUUAACGAGCACCCCGCCUUCCGACUGGCCAGCGAUGGCUGCCUGCGAGCCCUGGCUGUGGAGUUCCAGACGAUCCAUUGUGCCCCAGGGGACCUCAUCUAUCAUGCUGGGGAAAGUGUUGAUGCUCUUUGCUUUGUGGUCUCAGGAUCCCUAGAAGUCAUCCAGGACGACGAAGUGGUGGCUAUUUUAGGUAAAGGUGAUGUGUUUGGUGAUAUCUUCUGGAAGGAAACCAGUCUGGCCCAUGCAUGUGCCAAUGUACGAGCUCUGACAUACUGCGAUUUACAUAUUAUUAAACGAGAAGCCUUGCUUAAAGUGUUGGACUUUUAUACUGCUUUUGCCAACUCAUUCUCAAGGAAUCUCACGCUCACCUGCAAUCUGCGGAAACGGAUCAUCUUUCGGAAGAUCAGUGAUGUCAAGAAGGAAGAAGAAGAGCGCCUACGCCAAAAGAAUGAGGUGACGUUGAGCAUCCCUGUGGACCAUCCCGUGCGGAAACUUUUCCAGAAAUUCAAACAGCAAAAGGAGAUGCGUAAUCAAGGCUCAACCCACAUUGACCCAGAAAGGAACCAGCUUCAGGUGGAAAGCCGGAGCGUGCAGAAUGGGGCUUCCAUCACAGGGACCAGUGUGGUCACCGUGUCUCAGAUCACCCCUAUCCAGACGUCCCUGGCUUACAUGAAAACCAGCGAGGCCAUGAAGCAGAACAACAGGGAUGCGAUGGAGCUCAAGCCAAAUGGAAAUGGAGACCAAAAAUGCCUGAAAGUAAACAGUCCCAUGCGGAUGAAAAAUGGGAAUGGGAAGGGGUGGCUUCGACUGAAGAACACGAUGGGGACCCACGAGGAGAAGAAGGAGGACUGGAACAACGUCACGAAGGCUGAGUCCAUGGGGUUGCUGUCCGAUGACCCCAAGUGCAAUGACUCAGAGAAUGGUGUAAAUAAGAACCCACUGAGGAAAACAGACUCCUGUGACAGCGGAAUAACAAAAAGUGACCUUCGCUUGGAUAAAGCUGGUGAGGCUCGCAGCCCGCUGGAGCACAGCCCCAUUCAGGCUGACGCUAGGCAUCCUUUCUACCCUAUUCCUGAGCAGGCCUUACAAACCACACUGCAGGAAGUCAAGCAUGAACUCAAAGAAGAUAUCCAGCUGCUAAGCAGUAGGAUGACUGCCCUUGAGAAACAGGUGGCAGAAAUUUUAAAAAUAUUGUCUGAAAAGAACGUACCCCAGAUCUCUUCCCCCACGUCUCAUUUAUCACCCCAGCGGCCCCAGCAGAUACCCUGUCAGGAUAUUUUUAGUGUUUCAAGGCCUGCAUCACCUGAAUCAGAAAAAGAUGAAAUCCACUUUUAG